GGGAUUUCCCUGGUUAAUUUAGAAGAAAAAAAAAGAAAGAAAUUGGUCUGUGUUUUUAGGGGGGGGUUAAGUCCAGACAGAGUACCGCGCUUAGCUCGUGCAGCACCUGCUUAAAAAAAUGUUGCUGGGUAGUCAGCUGAUCCACUUCCUCAUUUUUCAGUUUUUCACUUUGUUUUGUACUGUGCUUUCUUUUGUGGCGUGUGACCAUGCUGGCUGUGAAAAGCUUUAUCUGUCUGCUGUUCCUGGUCAUUUCAAGUGCACAUGCUAUGUACGGCUACGGUUUGCUUCGCUGCCAGUACACCUCUGCUCAUGAACUGGUGUAUUUGGAGCAAAUCUACUUCAACAAGGUACUUCUGGUCCAGUACAACAGCACUGUGGGAAAGUAUACCGGUUAUACAGAGAAAUCAAAGGAAAUUGCGGAUGAUCUUAACAAAAGCCAAAGCUUUCUGGAGCAAGAAAAGAAGAAUUUUGAAAAAUGCAGAGCCCACCUUCAGCGAAUGUUGGAUUUGUUUUUAAAGCCAGUUGAGCCCUCCAUCAAACUGAAGUCUGUGGAAGUACAGGGCAACAGGCAUCAAAAAGUGCUCAUCUGCAGUGCAUACAACUUUUAUCCUAAAUCAAUCAAAGUGACCUGGCUGAAAAAUGGAAAAAAGAUUACAACUGAUGUAAUAUCCACUGAGGAGCUGUCCAAUGGAAAUUGGCUCUACCAGAUCCACUCAUAUCUGGAGUUUACACCCACACCUCAUGAGAAAAUUACCUGUAUGGUGGAGCAUGCCAGCCUUUUGGAGCCAAAGCUUUCCAACUGGGAGCCAUUGACUGAGGCGGAGACGAAUAAGAUUACUGUUGGGGCAGCAGUGCUACUAUUUGGACUUGUUUAUUUCCUGGCUGGAUUGUUUUUUUACAAGAGGAAGACUUUUGGUCGGGUGUUGGUGUCGACAAAUGCCCCCUAUAGUGGAUGAACAAAAACAAAACAAAAAAGUAAUCUGAAGAUGGGAUCAUCAGAACAAGGAUGGGGGCUGUAUAUCUGCUCUGAUAAUUUUGUAGGGACUUUUAUUUAAUUAAAAGUAAAGUUUCAGUGCAGUUUGUUGCACAAUGAUUUUUUUUCCUGGAUAAAUGAAACAUUAGAGGAUCAAUAAGCCUAAACGCUUCACUUUUGAAAUGUGGGAAAUAUGGCAUUAUAGGUGGAGAGGUAGCUUCCACCCUGCAACAAUUCUUUAUGAUCAGACAAACAGGAUGUUGGAGUGAGAAGCAGCAACACGAUGAAAAAAGAGGAUGAACAAAGGUUAAAGAAGAACAUAAACUAUUAAAUUAACAUGUUCAUUGACAACCUCAUCACUCACAAGUUUGUCAUCACUGAUGCUUGAUCAGGAGCCCACUUGCUAAAUUUGAAAUGCAUGAGGUAUCCCCUUAGCUUCACUUUUGGAUGUGUAGGGUUUUCCAUGCUGGUAACACUUAUUAGACAUCAUCAAACUGUGGAAAAGUUCAGCAAAGUUUUUCACAUUAAAAAAGCAUUUCAUUAUGCACAAUGCCUGGCCCCCAAAAGUUACCAAAAACAAACAAAAAAAAAUUGUCACACACUAAUAUUUUGUUGGACCGCCUGUAGUUUCAAUGUUUCAAUGAACUUCUGCAAUGUCACAAGAUGUAAUUCCAUCCAGUGUUGCAUUCAUUUUUCACCAAGAUCUUGUAUUGAUGAUGGGAGAGUCCAACCACUGUGGAAAACCUUCUCCAGCACAUCCCAAAGAUUCUCAAUGGGGUUCAGGUCUGGACUCUGUGGUGGCCAAUCCAUGUGUGAAAAUGAUGUCUCAUGCACCCUGAAUCACUCUUUCACAAUUUUAGCCCAACAAAUCCUGUCAUUGUCAUUUAUGAAUAUGUUUGUGCCAUCAGGGAAGAAAAAAAUCCAUUGAUGGACCUUUUUCUUUGGGCACAUAGUGUUGCUGAUCCUAGCACUGACCCACUGCAGAAAGCUCAGAUCAUACCACUGCCCCCACACUAGGCACUACGCAUGACCUUCUUCCAUUGCUCCAUAGUCCAAUCUUUAUGCUCCCUAGCAAACUGAAGCCUUUUACUCUGGUUAGUCUCACAGGUUAAUGGUUUUCUUAUGGCUACACAGCUGUAAAUUCCCAAUUCCUUCACAUUGUUCAUCUGGAAAUGUUCUUAUUUUCACUAUGAAACACAGCCCUGAGUUCUACUGUGUUUUAUUAUUAUUAUUAUUAUUUCACCAAAUGUUUAAGUGAUAAUUAAUCACCAUCAUUCGGGAUUUUUUAUGACAACACUUCUUCCUGGAAGACGAUGGUUCCCCAAUAUCCCUACAGUUUUUAAUAAUGUGUUGGACAGCUCUUAGCCCAAUUUUAGUAGUUUCUGCAUCUCCUAAUGUUUUCUCUGCUUGAUGCAUGCCAAUGAUUUGACCCUUUUUAAAAAAGACUAACAUCUUUUCCUCAAUUACAGGAUGUGUCUUUCAAAAUGGUUGUUUAAGAAAUGAGUAGCUACUCAUUGCAUUACUUGGGCUUAAAUAACUUGCCAUCUGAGAAUCAACAGCACUUACAAACACACACAUAAAUUUGUUUAUUUAUUUGUUCCAUCCUGUCCUGAUCUUAAUCUAGUGGAAAAAAGUAGUCUUAUAAGUUUCAGGUGAAAGGCUAGCUGCCAACUAUCAGCAAGUGUACUCUGUUUAUGAGAUCUGAAGUAAAGGAAACACUAAAGAAGAAAAGAAAAGGGACAAAAGUGGCACCAAUAAAAGCUGGAUUUGUACUUCAUACAUUGCUGAUGAGGCCCUUUGAGAUCUGCAUGUGAAUGGAGCAGAGUAUAUGUUUAAUAAGCUAACUAUUUUAUAUGCACCUUAUCGCAAGUGGGUUUUACUAUUUAUCAUGUGGCACAAAACUGGUAUAUUUUUCUGUCAUAUUUACCAAUACAUAAUUGUUUGAACCGUUAUCAACAAACAAACUUUGAUCAUAUUAACAAAAACAAUUUGUUUUUAUACAUAUUAAAAACAA